ACAAAACACAACUAAGUUUAUGUUGUCACUCUACGCAGAAAGUGUUUUUAAUAAUUCUUCAAUAAUUUGCAAGUAUAUCCUGAAGUCAUGGAAAAAUUGGAAGCUUUGAAAAUGUCAUCAAUGCGGCCACGUACAAACAUUCUUGAUCGACCACUGUCCAAGGGCAAAACAGAGGUAUCCCAAAGCAUCGUAGCAUUGCUAUUUAGUGAAAUUGUGCAGUACUGCCAAAGCCAAGUGAGCACUGUGCAAGAACUACAAAACAGGUUGCAUGAGCUUGGUCAAGACGUGGGUACACGCGUUAUUGAUUUAUAUUUUGUGCGUGAACGCAAUGCUAAACGUGAAACAAAGUUGACACAAAUGCUAUUGUUUGUGAAAACAACUGUUUGGAAGAAUUUAUUUGGCAAAGAAGCUGAGAAGCUAGAGCAUGCAAAUGAUGAUGAACGCACAUAUUAUAUUAUUGAAAAGGAGCCGCUGGUGAAUACAUUCAUAAGUGUGCCUAAAGAUAAGAGUACAUUGAACUGUGCAAAUUUCACAGCUGGCAUUGUGGAGGCGGUGUUAACGCAUUGUGGAUUUCCUUGCAAGGUGUCGGCGCAUUGGCAUAAGGGCACAACGUACAUGGUCAAGUUCGAAGAUUACGUUAUUGCACGUGACAAGCAAUUGGAAGAGAAGUAAAUGUCUUCGCAGUUUUAUUUUUAAAUUGAUCAUAAUCUUGUGUUCGAAUUUCCAUAUAAUUAUACUAAGUAUAUUCAUUAAUAAAAGCAUAUGCACACAUUUCCAA